AUGUGGAAACCUCCAGAACACUCGCACAGAUCGUCUAGAUCUGAAUUAGGGCUUCGGACAGCAAGGGAACAUCGCUCUACAACGUCCAAACAGGUGCCGUCAACAAGCACUGCCUUGGAUACCCUUCAGCCCACUGCUCGACACCCUCUUACCUCUCCUAAUCACUCCAUCGACCUCAGCAACAGUACUAAUGCUGCCAGGUUGCCCGACUCAACAACUUUGUCGCCGAGAACCCAUCAAGACGCUUGCAAAUGUGGUCUGAUGACCAAGUACUCCAAAGCUACCCCUUCCACUUCCUCAUCAGCUCAGCCCCGGUCGACAACGCCCCCUAGACCAAAGCACCAAUCGCGCUACUCAUCAGACAUGAAUGACGAUUGUAUACACUUAGAUGCUGCUCUUAGGAUGUACUUAGAUACGAAUAAUAAUCAUGCGAACAACACUGAGACUACGUCUAACUCAAGCCGACGCUCCCAACAGAGCUCUCAAUGCCGGAGCAUUAGUAACAAACGCUCCCAGCACGAGAACAACAGCCUCACGGUCUCGGAUACGCACAACGUAGUAGUGGUUAACAAGGAUAUAUUUCGUCGAGCACAGGAUGGUAGCAUACAUACAUCUAAGGAACGGUACAGAGAGCGCGACGCACCUUUCGACCCAAACCAUCGUCGCAAGGAAGCUAUCUCAUCGACUCCAUCGACUCAUGAGGCCCGCACGGCUACGGCGCAGCAUGAAUGCGUUGAAAGCUAUAUGGACAACCAUCACAAACGUUCAUAUCAACAAUUAAGCUCUAAACAAUCAUUGCCGAACAAUAUUUACUCACCGUCAACUGAGAGAACGUCGCCGUGCAUCCCACGCGACCCAUCGUAUACUGCAAGUGACCCAUCGUACGCCCUAAGCGAUCCGCCGUACAGCUUGAUCAACUACAACAGUGAGGACCCAGUCGACCCUUUGAAUCAUAGCAUCAGCUAUGAUACAUCGCUGGAUAACCACUUGGUCAACAACAUGGAUAACGGCUACAAAGCCUCAGGCAGUCAACUAAGCUUCGAGCCUGAUACAGAGUCUAAGUACUUACCUGCAACGGUAAGACAGCUAGAUGAGGGGCAUGCUAAGCUUAAGACUCGUCGAAGCCAGGCAACGGUUAGCUCUCAACGCUCGCCAAACCAGGCUAUAUCAUACGACUGCCAUAACAAAUCAGUUGCAGAGAGUCCAGAUUUAAGCAAGUACUUGCCAACAAUUGCAGUGCAGCUAGACGAAUGGCUGGUACAGCCUAGAACAUGGCAGCACGAGGAGACUACUAGCUCCCAACACUCGCCAGAACAGGUUGCACUGCACAAUAGCCGUAGUUCAUCGGCAACUAGCAGUCCAGAACUAAGGAAGUACUUACCGUAUUUGCCUGAUACCCCCGCGUACGCGAUUACAGAUAAGGAAAUAGCAGACUACUCGUUUCAGCCUGCUAGUGCCGGACUUAUCUCUGAGACCCGAUUGGACCCGGAAAUUAGCCGAGCCAGAAGAACACUUCGGCGGUUGGCACGCAACUUAUAUAAUCUACUCAUGCCGACUCAGCAAGACAGUUACACUCCGAACCAAUCAUGUGAAACAUGGGCUGCGCAUUUAUUUGAGUUACUAGAUAUAGUUACUACAUUCAGACCGACUUGCGUCAUCACUAACAAGUUAAUUCCUGCCCAAGACAUACACUACUGGCCCGAAUAUGGUGAACUUCAUAUUGCCUAUAAUAGUCUAGUUGCUAAGACCAUUCGGAAAUCAAAUGAAUUGGACUUACUGCUUCUAACACCAGAAUGGCCGGCAUCCAAAUGCUUGUUCGACGCAUGCGCGUUCGAAGUAGCUGCUGUUAGCUUUAGGGAUCAAAUGGAACGAUCGAUCCAAAGGUUGCACAACAUACUUACUAAGUCUAUAACAGUUCAAGACUUGCCUCAUAAGUCAUCGACUAAUCAUUUACCCGCAACAAAUCAUCCACAAGGUGAUCCACGUAAGCAUAGCUCACAAAUGAAUAUGAACUCCCUACUGGAUUUGUUACCUAACGAGGCUAAGAACCAACAUGAGUUAUCACAUGAUAAGUUGCCAACUCAAACAACACUAAUCGAAUCGCCUACCAUGUCAUCUACAUGCAAUGAUGAUUACAGAGUGACCAAAGUGUUUCAGUCAUCAGCUAAGCUUCGACUGCCCCAUUCAGAACCAAUGGAACAUCUAAAUCGGCAUACAAGUCCUAGAGCAAGCAUUGAGUACAUGUAUGCGUCAGCAGGAAGUACCAUUAGCAACCUUGAAACGGUUAAGGGUACUCAGCCUAAUCAUAUGACAAUGAGCUCAAGCUCCUACUCAUCACUCAACGAUUCUCAGCCGUCCACCCCUCUCGACUUGGAAGUAGUAUCCGUAUCGACACCUACGUUUACUCUAGAGUGUGACAAUAGCCCAGCAUUGCCCGUCUGGAAGUCUGUUGACAAAUCAAUACCCAUUGUUGAUGAGAUACCAGUAGAAGCCGUAAAGGGUAUUGCAUCUAAUGAACAGCUAAGCGAUCUAUUGGUCAACAAGAUAGCUCAGCCUUUAGUUACAAUCAAAAAACGCAAUGGUAUUACAUCAAGAAAGGAGAGCUUAGCCAAACCUGUUAAGCAAUCAGACAAUGAGUCAAUGCAGAUGAUGCGCGACCAGUUCAGAAGUACUACACCACUGCUAGAUGAAGCAUUGUGUGAUCUGGUACACAUAAACAGCCGUCACUCUGUUGGUAACCUUAGUCAAUUGCAUGCAUUGGUUACAACUAGUACUGCAAAUGGAAUCACUAAGCAUACAGGAACGCCGUCUAACCUUACUAGUCAUGGUCCUACUAGCACAGAUACUCACAUAUCUAAUACACAUGAUAAGCGGACUAUAAUUAAUGAGUUAAACUAUAAGGAAGCAACUCCUAAGCCAAUUAGCGGAUUGUUGACUUCGCAAGCUAGUCAUUCACCGGACGAAUUCCAUGUGGCGACUAUUCCGUCUUCAUCUAUGAUAACCAAACAAGCAAUCGACGCUUCGCAUAAUGAUGUGCUACACACCUCAAGCAGUAUUAGGCGAACAAAGGAAGAAUAUUUAGCUAGUCGCUUACCUAGACAGUCGCAAUCUAAGCCAUGCUUAAACCAAGACCUAUUGACUAACGCUGAAACAGUUUCAACUCUCAUCUCUAUUCAUAGAGAAUCACAGCUGAAGCCGAAUCCUAUGAUUAGCCUAGACCCCUUGUCUAAUUCGUGCGAGGAUACCAAUAUAGGUUACUUAAGUAAAGUGUCAGCUAGCGUCGAACCCAAGGCAUUAGACAAAGGUCUAUUGGCUCAUGAAUUGCCGGAUAAGGAACAAUCCCUGAUCACUACUCAGCAACGCUUACUUGAAUUUGCGCCCAAAUCUUUGGUCACAAACUUCCUGCUCAACGCCUCAGAGAACUCAGCCAAUGCAUUAGUCAAGAUACAUGCAUUGAACAUAAGAAGCAAACCCGCUCAACUUUCUCCAAAGGCAACGCAAUUGAUUCAAGGGUCCCUGGACCAAUUCAGAACAGCUUAUCUUGAGUCGGCUCUACCCUCGCUAUCGAUUAGUCAAACAGAUUGCACGGUAACAAGCAAUAGUAACAACUUGGUCAAGAUUCCUUCAAGUCCUAAACCACUAAUAGACUCGAAGCCUUUGAUUAGUCAAGAUACUUUGUCAGUCUCUUACGGAAACCUAAGUGUCGAAUAUCUAGAUAGCUUAGAGCAAUCUUCGGAAGCUUAUAAGCCACAUUCAAAUGCAAUUGCGCCGCAAGGUUUGGCCGAACAAUCAGUACUUAGUACCUUAGAAGGAUCAAGUAUUGGUAUUACUUCGGACCUAUAUACAAAUACUAAGGAAGAAGCUACUUCUAAGACUAACGCGCCGUACACACCACUUAGUCAGCAAGAGCAUGGUGAGACGGCAACAAGUAUUUGCAGCAAAACAUCGGGAAAUUGUCCAGAUUUUCAACCACUGGAAGUCGAUUUAUCGCCAGAUAUGCAGGACUGGCUAGUUGAAACUAUCCGUGAAAUUCAGCAAAUAAUGGAUAUAUACGCCGAUUCUACCGACUCGCAUAUAUCUACUGUCGAUUCAGCUGCUAUUAAGAUUGAACGUGAUUUAGCUUUAGACUCGACUAGACCGCCCGGUCCGGAACAUCCAGUAUCGACGAUAUUGCCUGACGAAUCAAGCAAGUCGGCCCAGCAAAUACCUAAGCUUAGCGCUUCAAUGAAGAGUUCGGAAUCUUCGUCUCUGUGUAACAACAGUCACACGACUAGACUUGUCAAUGAUCUAUUACUACCAGCGCAAUCAUCCGUAAGGAUCUUUGAGUCUGAAGCAAGCAAACAAUCUUUAUUGGUGGAUAAAAUUGACAUGGGCAAGAACGACACUAUUCAGAGCGCGCUACAAGCGACACCGUCACGUGAUCCUUACUCAGCAUUGUCUGAAACAAUUGUGGCUCUGAAUCGACUGAAACAAGUGCAGCCGACUAUGCUACCACUAACACUAGUAUAUUCAAGGACGUUUCAAUCAAUAGUGGAGAAGGAAGCGUGA